AUGCCGGGAAGCGUAACGUACACAUUCAAAGCCAAGAGAGAGGAACGGGUGGAGGACCCGCGGGGAGCCGUGUUGGAGUCGGUCGCCGAUCGUGAGCUUGUGCAAAGCGGCAAUCCUCCCGAAGCCUUUCUCUCCUCAGCUGACAGGCACCUGCCGGUCUGCCUUUUCCCUUCUGGGCCGGCAAUUGCUUCAGGUUUGCCUUGCCAGGCUGCAGAGCAGCCCAGGUUGCCCGCCGAACAGCUGGAGCAGCCGCCAGGGACGACCCGGGACGCCCCCUUGCAAAACCCCGUAGAAUCUAUCUUGGUCGCACGCGUCAAGCGGCCUGCCUGGCCUGCCCGGCACACCCACAGCAAGACGGUUUCGGCGAACGAGCCGUUUUUUGCACCACACUCUCGACCCCAUCCACCUCCUAUCGGAUCACUGCUCGCGCGAUCUGGGACAGGGAAAACACCUAAGGACUCCAAGGGACUGGACCAGCGUCGUUUCUUGUCGUGCAUCGGUCCUCGAGUUUCCUCUAUCUUUCUCUCUCAGCUUCACUUUAACUCUACUCCGCUUCACUCCCUUGCGACCACCUUCGAAGCGCUCUUUCAGCGGACUCCUUCUUUCGACGACCACCCGACGACAAGUGGUGCCGAUAUGUCGCGAACUGGAAAGCUCGGCGAUCGCCUCGCCUCCAUCAAGGCUGGCAAGUUCCGAUUCACCUCCAGAACUCAACUGACAACAGACAACUCGCCCUGGACGCAGGUCACCCUCACUGGUAUCAUCUGUUUCCUGUCUCCCGGUCUCUUCAAUGCGCUCUCUGGUCUCGGUGCCGGUGGUACCGACGAUGUCAUCACGAUCAACGUCGGUAACUCGGUCCUCUACGCGUGCUUCUGUCUUAUGGGUUUCCUCUCUGGUUCGAUCAACAACGUCUUCGGUCCCCGUCUGACCAUGUGCAUCGGAACGAUGGGUUACUCUCUCUACGUCGGAUCUCUCUGGGCUUUCGGUAUCCACGGUGUGCACCUUAAGGCGUUCGUCAUUGUCGCCUCUGGUAUUCUUGGAUGCUGUGCCUCGCUCCUCUGGACCGCCCAGGGAGCCAUCAUGAUGGCGUACCCGAUGGAGAAGGACAAGGGACGUUCUUUCUCGCUCUUCUGGUCCGUCUUCACCAUGGGUGGUGUUGUUGGCUCUGCGAUCGCCCUCGGUAUCACCUCCAAGCAGAAGAAGGGUGCUUCCGUCUCGACCGCCGUCUACAUCACCUUUAUCAUCCUCAUGAUCAUUGCCAUCUUCGUGUGCUGGCUCGUCCUGCCCCCGUACUACGUUGUUCGUGGUGACGGCACCGUUGUCAAGCUCGAGUCGGACGUCGGCGUCCUCCACGAGAUCAAGGCUUUCGCCAAGCAGUUCCUCGACUGGCGCAUGAUCAUGCUCUUCCCCAUGUUCUUCACCUCGAACUACUUCUACGCCUACCAGGGUUCGAUCGUCUCCAAGAUGUUCACUCCCCGUGGCCGUGCCCUCGCUGCCCUUCUCUCCAACAUCGGUGCCGUCUUCGGAGCCAUCGUUGUCGGUUUCGUUCUCGACUACUUCCCCGGUGGCCGUCGCCGCCGUGCCAUUGCCGGCUGGUGCUACACCCUCUUCAUGCUCUGCCUGGUCUGGGGCGCUGGUAUCGGCUUCCAGACUCGCUUCAAGCGUACCGACAACGACGGCAAGUCGCUCGGCUGGGACUGGAAUGACAGCAUCUCUCACGGCCCGCUCGCCCUUCUCUUCGCCUACUACUUCUGUGACUCGGCUUACCAGGGCCUUGCCUACUACACCAUGGCUGGUCUCACCAACGACCCCUACAAGCUCGCGCGUAUGACUGCCUACUACAAGGGUGUCCAGUCUGCCGGUGCCGCCAUCUCCUUCGGUAUGGACGCCCUCAAGACCCCCUACCUCACCGAGGUCAUUGUCUCGUUCGUCAUCAUGCUCUUCUCGAUGCCCUUCUGUCUCUACAUCCUCUGGGGCUUCAAGGAGACCAACUACGACGCCGAGGGUGUCGUCCACGUUGAGGAGCUCGACGAGGACCAGGUCCACCACGCCGCCGUCCCUGCCGGACACCACACGCACGCGCACGACGUCGAGGGCGCCCACCCCACCGACGAGAAGAACUCUGCCGAGCUCCAGAUCGAGAACCCCCAGAAGUUCUAA